GUUUGGUGAGACAACUGACUCUCUACGUUUCGUCUGGUCAACGGUAGCUUAAACAACACUAAACUCAUCAAUUACCCCAAUCUGGAUCUAACAUCCACCAUAAACAUGCUAUAACAUCACACCUCACUAACCCUAGCAACAAUGGCGAUCACGCAACGAAGAGGAUGCCGCAGUUACAUAACAAUUUUGCACCAACGAUGGGGAAAACGUGAAUCGGCGAUUGCCGUAGCUGGAUUCGCCGCUGUUCUUCUAACAUUCUCGUUCAUCCUUUCAUCAGAUUCAUCUUCCUCCGAUCGUUUCUCCGGCACCGGUACUGACGGUUUUGUACCGCUUACUUUUUUAAGCAAUGCUGUUCAACGAGGCGCCUAUUGUUUAGAUGGAAGUGUUCCUGCAUACCAUUUUCAGAAGGGUUUUGGAUAUGGCUCUAGGAGAUGGGUUCUACAUAUUGAGGGUGGAGGUUGGUGCAAUACAGUAGCUUCUUGUACUUUCCGUAAGACAACCGCCCUAGGAUCUUCAAAGUACAUGGAUCACCAAGUUCUGUUUUCUGGAAUUUUGAGUGGUGAUCAGUCCCAUAAUCCAGAUUUCUAUAACUGGAACAAGGUCAAGAUACGGUACUGUGAUGGUGCAUCUUUUACUGGGCACCCUGAAAGUGAGCGAAAUAAUGAUACUAAACUUUUCUUCAGAGGUCAACUCAUAUGGGAAGCAAUGAUGGAUGAGCUCUUGUCAAUUGGAUUAUCUAAUGCUCAAGAGGCACUUCUUUCUGGAUGUUCAGCUGGAGGACUUGCAACACUCAUCCACUGUGAUGAUUUCAGAGAAAUUUUGCCGAAAGAUGCCAGAGUCAAAUGUUUAUCUGAUGCAGGUUUCUUUCUUAAUGAGCAAGAUGUUGCUGGUAAUGCCACCAUCCAGUCAUUUUACCAUGAUGUUGUCCAUCUUCAGGGUACAGCAGGAAGCUUAAAACAGGAUUGUGUAGCCAAAAUGGAACCAUCCAAGUGUUUCUUUCCUCAAAAUUUUGUGAAAAGCAUAAAUACACCAGUUUUCUUUGUCAACCCAACUUAUGACUUUUGGCAGAUAAAAAACAUUUUGGUACCUCGUUCAGCAGAUCCUCGUGGUCAUUGGCACAAUUGCCAUCUUAACAUUCGCAAUUGUAGUCCUGAACAGAUUGAAGUGCUCCAAGGAUUCAGAAAUUCAUUUUUGAAGGCAUUGUCAGAAUUACAGCAAAUGAAGGAUGUGGGAAUGUUUAUAAAUUCUUGCUAUAUUCACUGCCAAACAUGGAUAUCUGAAACUUGGCAUGGUCCAUAUUCUCCCAAAAUUAAUAACAAGACAAUUGCAGAAUCCGUUGGUGAUUGGUUUUUCGAACGAAAAGUAUCAAAGCAUAUUGAUUGUCCAUAUCCUUGCAAUCCUACUUGCUACCAUAUGGAUUUCACUCUUCAUCGACGAUAACCAGAAUGCUGACAUCACGUGUGCGGAAUCAUCAACCCGAUUUUGUAAUUGAAUUCUUGUUGUUUAUAUAUUAUAACCAUAUGGUUUUAUGUGUUAGUAACUAUAUGCAGAAAAAUACUUUUUAUCUAGAUGAUCUAAUGGGUGUUUUAUUGGUAAAA